AUGGAUGGAAAGAAGAAAAGCAAUGGAGGCUGUGAAGGCCCUGAUGACACGUAUGUCAAAGUAAUACCUUCUGAUGGUCAUGAAUUUAUUGUAAAAAGAUAAUAUAUGCUAACAUCAUGAACAAUAAAGUUCAUGUUGGGUGGACCAGGUCAGUUUGCUGAGAAUAAAAGCAAUGAAGUCAAUUUUAGAGAGAUCUCUUCAAAUCUGUUAUUGAAAGUAUGCAUAUAUUUUACCUACAUGGUCUGCUACACUAAGAGCUCCACUGAGAUUCCUAAUUUCCACAUUGCACCAGAAAUUGCAUUGGAACUGUUGAUGGUUGUGAAAUUCCAAGACUGUUAA